AUGGAGGUAAAAAGAGAGUUAAAAGAUGACAGUGAACUUAUUGCUAAAGCUGAAACAAAUAAUAUAUUAUAUUUAUUAACAUCUGAAGGUAGUACUGUUUCAGAAGCAGUAAAUCAUAAUAUAAGACCUUUAAAAUCUAUACAUAAUGUUCCUGCUCCAGCACCUAAUGGUAGUAUUUUUGGAAUGAAUUCAAUAGAUGCUGUUUAUAAGCAAGCAAGGCAUGCUUUUGAUAAUAGUAUGAUGACAACAGAUUCUGAAUCUUUUAUAAGUUCUAUAAGACCGGUUGAUGAUUAUAAACAUUCUUAUGGUACUAGGAAUAAUCGUUUGUUAAUGGGUUAUGGAAGAGGAGGUAGGAGAAAUCAGUUUGAUGAUACAGAAUCAGAGUUUCGUGCUCUUUCUGAUGAUGAAUCUAGAGUAUCAACAUCAACAGAUAUUACUUCAGUAUCAAGACAACAUUUAUAUAGGAGAAGAAAAAAUCGAAAGAAAUAUCGUCAACCUUCGAGAGCGUCAUCAUUUACUUCAAUUACUGAAUCAUCUAUGUGUUUAGAUGUUAUUACAGUAACUUUAAAUAUUGAUACUGUAAAUUUCUUAGGAAUAUCAAUUGUUGGUCAAAGUUCAGCAAGAGGGGAUAAUGGUAUAUAUGUGGCUAAUGUUAUGAAAGGUGGUGCAGUGGCAUUGGAUGGUAGAAUUGAACCAGGUGAUAUGAUUUUACAAGUAAAUGAUAUAUCAUUUGAAAAUUUUACUAAUGAUCAAGCUGUUGAUGUAUUAAGAGGUGCUGUAGCAAGAAAAGGACCAAUUAAAUUAACAGUAGCAAAAAGUUUUGACUCAGGUGCAAAGAGUUGCAUUAACAAACCAAAUAUUAGAGAGGAACCUGUUCGACCUAUUGAUACAGAAGCAUGGAUUCAACAUACAAAUGCUAUGUGUGAACUUAUGAAGAAAGGUGUUGGUAUGCCAAGUAUUUUGGAAGGUUCCGAAGGUGCUCCUACACCUGUUCCUGGGCAACGUGGUCCUUAUCACAAUGUUGUUAUUAAUAAUGGAAGACAAAGUGGAUCUCUAGUUACAUCAAAUGAUUCUGAUGGUACACCUAGCACAGUUAUUGGAAUGACUGCAAAUCAACAUCAUCUACCUCAACAACAGCAAAAAUUGUCUAUUGGAAUGGAUCAUAGGCAAAUUUUAAGAACUAUGGCUAUGCCAAAUUCAGGUUUAGAUAUUAAAGAUAGGACUUGGCUAAAGAUACCAAUUCCAAUGUGUUUUUUAGGAUCAGAUUUGGUUGAUUGGUUAAUAGAACAUGUUGAUGGUAUACGUGAUCGCAAAGAAGGAAAGAAAUUUGCAUCAGAAUUAUUAAAGGAGAAAUUGAUAUCACAUGUUGUUAAUAAAAACAAUUUUACUGAACAAUGCUACUAUGUAUUUGCCAACAAUCAAGAUAUACUUAAUGAUGGAGGAUAUUUACCACCACCACCACCUGGUAUUACAAGUAUUGGGACGUUGUCUCAAAAUGGACAAUGGACAAAUAAUCAUCACGGACCACCAUCAAUUAUUUCUGGUUAUGCUUCUAUGCCAAUUUCUCCAUUUCCAGGUCAGAAUGUAAUCUUGCCUCCACGUGUUCCAGUAGAUCUUCAUUCACAAGCUUCAGGUACUUCAAAUGAUGGUAGUUCAAGUUCAGAACAUCGUCGUGUUAAGCAGUCAAAAGUAAUACUUCCACCUGCACCCUCAUUAAAUUCAGUACCGACACAUUAUACAUCAACGGGAGUUUUAUUAAAAAAUGGGGUUCCAACUAGAAUUGAUCAAAUGCCAAGUGACUUGUCAGGAAGUAGACAAAGUUUUCGAAUAGCAAUGAAUAAUCCAUAUGAAUUUUUUAUUGAUAAUUUGUAA